AUGGGACAAGACACCAACAUGCUAAACGCCCACCAACAGUUGGUAAGGACCGCAUCGGGGAGACCAGGGCAAGACACACCACAGCAGGCUCCAGGGACGGUCCCAUGUCUGCUCAAGCUUCUCUCAAGCAUCCCCCAAGCUGAGCAGGGGAGUCUUGGGAGCAGUGAUGGUGUAAUUCAGGGCCAGCAGCAGAGGUCUGUGAGCGCAGGGCAGAUGGCAAAGAAGGACCGGAGGCCCAGGGACCGGAACAAGAAGGGGCAAGGCUCCGCUGAGGCUGAGGAUCUGGUCCCCUCUCCUCCUCGGAAACCCUCCUUCCCCUUCCAGUGGGUCUGGGAGAGCUUCACCACAGAUGGCCGGGCUCCGCUUCAGCCGGGCUCCGCCUCGGCCCCUGGCCACCAAGCCCUGCCCUUGCCCCCAGCGGUCCACCGGCACAAGUCCAGGCGCAAGUCCACGGCCAACAACCCAGAGGCCCGUGGCUCCUGCUGGAAGACAGAGGCGCCAGAUCCGGAGAGGAGACAGCAGCUCAGGGCCUGUAGAUGCAUUCCCAUCCCUCCUGGCAAAGCGGGGGGCCAAGAGCCGGAGUCGCCUGGGAAGAGCUCAGGAUCGGGGCCGGAGGCCGAGCCAGAAGGCCUGGGCGCUGAGGUGGCCGAGAGGGCUCUGAGCCCCGGGGAACCGCCCCAGCUCCCCAGAAGGGGGUCGAUCUUGGAGGAGGAGCCAUUUGCAGAGGCCACAGACGAGGCCGAGGAGGGGGAGCACAGGGUCCCCCAGAGAAGGAGGGCUAGUUCUCCAAGAAAGGGGCGGAAUUCUGGCGAGGAGGCCUGGGACGAGAGUGAACUGCGGAGCCAGGGGAGUGGCUCUGGCUCCAACAACCUCCGAGGACCACAGAGGAGGAGGCCAAGGGCCAGGGAGCUGGAGGGGCCGAGGAACCUGGAGAAGCUGCAGAGGCAGCUGCAGCAGGACUUGGACUGUGAUCCCGAAAAGCUGCCCUGGGAGCCAUCGCGGGCUGCUGUUCAGGCCUCCCGCUGGAACAGGAAGCCCCAUGCCUUGGGAGCUGAUGAGACUUGCCUGUUUGCACACUUCCCUAACCGCACCUUCCACAAACGACAGGAGGCCACCAGAAACCGGCUGCAGGCCUGGGAGCAGCAGCAGCAGGAGAAGCGGCAGCAGGCCGAGCUGCGGCGGGCCCGGGAGCAGCGGCUACAGCAGCGGCUGGCUCAGUGCCUGGCAGCCUACAUACCCAGAGGGAGCCGGGGGCCGGGGGCCGCCCAGCGCAAGCUGGAGGAGCUAAGGCGCCAGGAGCGACAGCGCUUUGCUGAGUACCAGGCAGAGUUGCAAGGUAUCCAGCAGCGGGUGCAGGCCCGGCCCUACCUGUUCCAGCAGGCCAUGCAGCCCUGGGACCCCCUCGGAACCCCGCUUCUCUCUCCUCAGGCCAAUGCCCGGCUCACUGUGACCCGGCGCUUCUCCCAGGUGCUGUCGGCACUGGGACUGGACGAGGAGCGGCUGCUGGCUGAGGCAGGAAAGGGGGAUACGGAGGGCACCCCCAGGAAACCCAGGAGCCACAGGUCAGUGGGAGUGAGAAUGGAGCACUCUUCUCAAGAGUCCCCCAAAGAAAGAACCCACUGGCAGCCAGCCUGACAAGCACUCCGCCCCAAGCCCAGACCGAGAGUCCAGUCCCUGAGAUAAAAAUUAAAU